AAACGCUCCAUUCUGAAGUUGCGAGAAUAUCAGGACGACUGCGGCAGCUCGCGUUGAAAGCAAUAAACCAUGAUUUAUCGAGGUGGAAAUCGAACCCUUGAUUUGUGGUGUACAUAUAGAGAACGAGAAACGAGGACGAGGGUUGAGGUGAGGGAGGUGGAAGAAUACCUGGUUUUAUUUCCGUAGGGCCCCACUGUGUUGUUCACAAGUGUGGGUAAAUGUACUUUAAGCUUGUCGAACAUUCAGUUGAGAUCCCCACCCGUAUGAUGCUGGCGGAUACCUAUUUGUGUGCGCGCAUCCCAUGGCUAUAUAAGAGGAUGCCCAAGCGCUAUUGCCAAUCCUUCUGUACUUGUAUCACAUCUUGUUGAUUUUCCCCGUGAAAAUACAUUUUUCAUCAAUUAACGCCGUCUCUCAGCGCAACUGUGAUGUUCAAAUUGAGUAUCUUAAUCGGUCUAUUGGCCACCGCGAGCGGUUAUCCUGCAGCGAUUUGGCCCGCAUCGCAGUAUCACGCACAGGAGCCGUCUGGUUCUUAUCGAUACGGCUAUUCAACCCCACAUCAUGCCAAAACGGAGUCCCAAGUGAAUGGAGUUACCCAAGGGGGUUACUCUUACAUCGACGCGAAUGGAAUUCUCCAGACGGUGGCCUAUACAGCGGACGAUGCGAACGGUUUUCGUAUUCGAGCGAGUAAUUUACCGCAAACAGUUGAAAAUUCAUUAAUUUCAUCGGAAGGAUCAAAGGUGCCGGCAGUACGUCAGAAGCACUUGGCGGACUACGAUAAAUUUGACAAUUCAAUUGUUGAUAAUCAGAGCAACACCGAGAGCAGGAUUAAUCCAUUUUUACUAUCAACGAUUGAAGGAUCGAGCGUUAAAGUGCCUCGCCCCUAUCUCAGUUCAAACGUCAAAGAGACAGCAUCGUUGAUUAAUUAUCCACCGAGUAGUUCACAACCAAGUGUGUAUGUGCCAAUUGUACCCUGGAGACUGACGCACAGUGCACUGCAUCAUACGCAGGAUUCCCUCGGACAAUAUGACUACAGUUAUGCUGGUGAUACGAGUGCUAAAACCGAAAGUAGGUCUCUUGAUGGUACGACCAGGGGUGCCUACAGCUACAUUGAUGCUAAUGGAUUACUACAGCAGGUACACUACAUUGCUGAUCACAACGGAUUUCGAGUGCUGGCGACCAAUCUCCCUGAGGCUUAAUAAACCACUAUUUAUCACGAUUAAUACCCCAAUUCACACACGUAGAGAAAAGGUUUAAUGAAAUUUACACGCGGAAAAAAAUAUUAAGAAAAAAGUACCAAAAGAAAAUGACGUUUUCAAAUGUAAUCGGUCCCCGGAGAGAAGUGUUCAGUAAAAAUUACGGAGUUCACUUAUCGAUUACGAAAAGAACUAGGACAAUUUGAACGGUGAGAUCGAGAUAUAAAUAUUUAAUAAAAAUUAUGUAAGUUCUGUAAUUUUUACUGACCAUUGGUCUCUGUGAACUUGGUAAAUAGUACGCAUCCACUUUUGUCAUUUUUACGGAGCGGUCGUCCGUUUUGCUAUUGAACUUUUGCUCUCAGUUGUGAAUUAUGAAGCUUUCAGAAUGCGUUUUGAGUUGAUUCAACAAGUUUCUCAAUAACAGGAAAAUAUGAAUGGAUACUUGACUCGUAUUCGUAGCAUUUGUACACUAUUUAUACCGAAUACAAGACAUAAAAAAUAAAAUGCCCUUUUUUAAUUA